UGCUGGUGACAGUCUUGAGGGCGAGUUAGUGGUGGCAACAGUGAGUGGCUGGAGCAAGGCAAGGUGUGGACCGCGCCUGUGUGUUGUCUGUUCCAUCUCGUCCCCUCUCUUAAAUCCAAGCAAGAUGUCUAAGGGGGAACCAGAUCAGGAGCUGAAAAAGGCUUUCAUGGAGUUGCAAGGAAAAAUGCAGGAGACUAACCAGAAGCUGCGAAUUGCUGACGUACAAGUGGAGAGCUUGAAGAAGCAGAUUGUUCAUGCCCAACUGACGGACAAGGAGAUUCAGAGCUUGGGCGACACCACCAGAGUUUAUGAGAGUGUAGGCCGCAUGUUCCUCCUCACGGACAUACCAAUGGUGCGAGAAAACCUGAAGGCCAAGGUUGCUAAGUGCAAUGAGAAGAUCACCAACCUACAGAGCAACAAAGAGUACCUGGAGCGCAGCAUGCAGGAGAGUCAGGACAACUUGAGAGAGAUGAUUAAGCUGAAGCAGUCUGUUGGGGUUGUCUAAGGUCCCCCCCUAUAUUAGUUUUGUUUUUGUUAUCCAAUUCUAUGUUAAGGCCAGCACCUCAUCAUGAUCUGCAGUCUGUAUUUAUGAAUCUUACCAUCCAUUUUAAAUGAGUUCAUGAGUUAAGUGUAUUACAUGUUAUUCAACAUCUUUACUGCUACUGACACUUCAGGCACAGUUCCGUUUCAACCUGACUGCUUCCAACACUUCAGCUCGCAUCUGUAACAUACCUAUUGUUUAUUCUUAUACAAUAAAUUUUGGCUUUGGAAAUUA